CUCUUACUGUCUUACCAUCCACCACAACAGCUCACUCCUUCCACUCGCCUGGACCGCAAAGCACACUCUGCGAGGUACUGCGGCACACGCAGAUUGACUUCCCAGCGCCGGUCUUCAGUUCCUCCGCUACGGGAGACGCGACAACUGGCAUCACAGCGACGGAGUGUGGCGCGACCCGAGACGCCUUCCCUGCAAUCUUGCAACGCGUCGCUGUGGUAAUUAAGACGGCCUGGGAUAAUUACAUCGCUCUCCACAUAGCGCCCCGCGUCCCUUGCCAUCUCCUCAUCACCAUCACCCGCCAUUCGCCGCGCGAUGGACCGCGCCGCCGCAGCGACAAUCUCCAAGCUCCAGAAGGAACUCGAGCUCUCCGGGUUUUUGAACAAGGGCGUGCUGAGCACGAACAAGGAGCAGAAGGCGCGCAUCGCCGAGCUGGAGGACGAAAACGCCGUCCUGCGGACGACGGAGAGCAAGCUCGCCGAGCUCGAGGACAAGUACGAGGCGCAAGAGAAGAGGCUGCAGAACGCGAGACACGCGCUGGCGGGCGCGACGCGGCGCGCGGCUCAGCUCGAGAAGACGCUCAAAGGCACAGAACACAGGCUUGGGUGCGCACAGGCCGAGGCCGCGCGAUGUAGAGGCAAGUACGAGCGCCUGGCGGCCGCCGUCGCGCAAGCCACCAGCUUGUUCGAGGACGCUGAAGCCGAGGCUGAAGCCGAAGCUGAGGCCGCCGAGCCCGCGCCGCGCGGCCGCUUCACCCUCGCCCUGCCGGGAAGUAGCCGCGUGCCGACCGUUCCACCAACCGCGCCAGCUGCCUCCGACGAAGCCGUGGCCGCCAGCUCGCGCGCGUCCCUCGCCUCGCCGUCGUCCUCGCCGCGCGCCAUGCCGGCGCGCAAGCGCGUCCGCGUGACCGACGAGGACGACGCGGCCCCGCCGACCGCGCGGCUCUUGUUCCCAAGAGCCAACGGUGGGCGAGGAAUACCACAGCGGUCGUCGGGGACGACGACGUUCAGACAGAAGAAGGUGGUUGAUGGCAACUUUACGCCCAAGGAGACGGGAGCGCGCGCCGCUGCAAGUGAGAGCACGGCGCGUGUCCUGCGCAGUCGCGGGCGUCAUUCGUCGCCCCUCCCGCGUCGCGCGGAGGUCACGUCCGCUUUGGCGCGGCCCGCGACGGCUCCGCGUCCACGGCGACAUCCGGCCGCGCUGGAGCCCGAAGUCGAGAUCGAGAUUGACGUCAAGAGCGAGGUCGAGAGCGAUGUUGAUCCACUCAACUGCUGGGACGAUUGAGUAGGCCUUCUACGUCGCCUCGAUCGACCCACAUCACGGCAUGGACGCUCCAAGCGUCUUUCAGAUGACACCUAUGGCUUAUGAAAAGUCGCCACAGCCGUGCCUGGUCACGGGGGCGCGACAUCUGCCAUACCUCCACACUUACAGCCUUCGACAAGGGGGCUUCAGUAGCAAGGGCCAGCCUCACGGCAGUACGACUGUUGGAUACAUGUUUCACUGGUAACGGUACAGACUAUGCAACAUGAGACGUACACACUUUA